CUGCAGUAGGUAUUCCUAAGUUGUAGGCAUGCUCUGAAUACCUAACAUAUGUAUACCACUUACAUAUCAUAACCAUCAGCUAUAUUCUGUUCUUCCUAGCCUAGGCUUAGAAGUAUGUCACAUAAUAAGGAAAGGCAUGAAUGCAUGUUGUAUAUGUGGGAAAUAAAUGUGAGAUGGGUGCCUCAGUUUAACAAGACAAGCUUGAAGAGGGUGGACAAUGUGAAUGAAAGGGCAUGAAUAUCUGUCCCAUGAACAUUCACUUCACAACUUCCUCUUUGAAAAAUGUUCCAUCUUCCUUACCAGUCAAUUUAGGUGCCAUAUUGUCUAACCUGCAAGUUCAGGAUAUCCCUGAGUCUCCCAGGCCUUUGAGUUGCAAGAAUCAUACUGAAAAUACCUUUUUGAUUUUUUAACCUAUUGGCCCAAAUGCUCUUACCCUAUUUCAUGAAAUGGGCUACAAAGGUGUAACACUGGUAAACCAGACCUAAUUCUUCCAGAUAUCUUCCUCUGAUGUCAGGACAGGUUUGAUUGCAUGGAUGCUUUAAUGCUACCCAGUUAUGACACCUGAGUUUGCACCUGAUCCUUCAUUACCACCACCUCCCCCUCCCCCUCCCCCUCCCCCUAUUCCAUCAUGUUGUGCUCUUGCAAAGUGUGUUUCUAAAUCAAUCUCCUUGGAAGCUGCUAGAGAAGAAGCAGCUGUGAUUGAUGUUGAUGCUAUCUGUCAAACCCUGCAUCAACUCUCACAGAGGGAGGCGAUCACACAUGGCUAUGUGUACUUCAACUCAAACAUCAUCUCUCCUCUCAUACAAGAUGGCCCACAACAGCCUGUGAAAGUGGAUGAAGUGAUGAAAUGUGGGAAAGCAUUGGGAAUAACAAGAUAUGGAGAAAUGUUUUCAGCUUCUGCCCUAGCUACUCUGGCAUCAAGAGUCUUCUCUGACAUCAGCUCUACUGUCUUUCCACUGAGUGAUAGAGACCUGCUUUUCUACUACCUCAGCCAAGGCUGUCCAGUUCUUGUCCCAUAUGAUGCAGAUGGAAACCAUGCUCCAUGCUUGAAGAGAGGGAAAAAGGCACAUUGGGCCCUCAUUCUUGGUUGCACUGGACAUGUAUCUCAAGAAAUGCUCAUUUUCAAGUCUCAGGAAUUUCUAGGUGACACAAAGUUUAUCCUAUUGUCCUCAGAAGACCUCUUACAUCUCCCCAAGACAGCAGCACUUCAUGUCUUGGCAGUGCAAGGGAAAAGUAGACAUCUACAAGUGUGGGAAUAUGAGGCACUGAAGGCAAGCAAUGAGAAUCUCCUUGAAGCACCAAGUUCCCCUCUGGAUUUUGUCUUCCCAGAUGGAGAUAUUGUAGAAGGGCCACCCAGAGGUGGAGGAGGGGGGGUUGGAGCAUCGGGGACAAUCUGCCCCGGGCCUCGCGUCCCAAGGGGCACCAAAGGGCCUCAAAAGGCUUCCGAUUUAAUUUUGCCCCGGGCCUCUGGAAAACUCUGGGCAGCCCUGGCUCUGGUGCAUGGACACCGCGAAUCUUCUCGCAUAGACGCCUUACGUUUUGCUUUGUGA